AUGCCUCUCCACCUGCUUGGCAAGAAGUCCUGGAACGUCUAUAAUGCCGACAACAUCGCCCGCGUAAAGGCUGACGAGGCUGCCGCCGCUGCCCAAGAAGCCGCCGAGGAGCAGCGCAUCCAAGAAAUCGAUGCCGCACAACGAGCUGCCAUCCUUCGAGGCCGGACACCACCGCCGCUGCGGGACGAGGAGAGACUGCACACUGACGAGACGAGGAAGGCUGCACGCAAAGACGGACACGAGAGGAAGAGAAGGAAAUUGGCUGGUGAAGACGACACCGACCGAGACAUCCGUCUUGCAAUUUCUAUCAGAGGUAGCGGCGGCGAUGGAGCCGAAGACUCUGAUACCCAUCUGGUGAAGCUGAGGAAACCUACUAGCGACGCUCCAUUGAUUGACCAUGCCGGCAACAUCAAUCUGUUCCCUGUCGACGUGAGGGAGCAAAGGAAGCGCGAGAAGAAUGAGGAAGCCGAAAGAGAAAAGCGCAAGAAGGAGCGAGCGUUAGAGGACCAGUACAGGAUGCGUUUCUCAAACGCAGCCGGUCGGGGAGGCUUAGAAAAACAACCCUGGUAUGCUUCGAGAAGCAGCAAGAAUUCUCCCGAUGACGAGUCUGAAGAGAAGGCAACCGCGUUCCCAGACCUGGAAGAUAAGACUGUAUGGGGCAACAAGGAUCCCCUACGAAGGCAGAGGGAGCUUGCACGGAGAGCUUCGAAUGAUCCUUUCGCCUUGAUGCAACGCGCCCAAGUUCAGCUUAAGAAGUCGAAAGGUGACAAGAAAAGAUGGGCAGCUGAGCGUGAUCGCGAGUUGAUGGAACUGAGAGCGGCACAGGAAAGGUAUUCACGCCGGGAGAAGCAUGGAAAGAGGAGAAAGCGCGUGGAUGAUGAGCAUGAUGACCGUGUGGAUCGUGAGGCUCGCGACGGAGGACGGUCUUCAUCGCGUGGGCACCGACGUGAGCGGAAGCGAAGUCGCAGCGGUGAUGAGGAUGGAAGACAUCGUGAUCACAUCGAUCACCCAAUUCGUCAUCGACGCGAGCCAAGAACUUCUGAUCGGGAGGAUAGGUAG